AUGCGUAUAACAGGGAAACACAUAAGCAAGACAGACAAGAUGUUCACUUCAGCAGAGACGGUUGCCUUUAUAAUAAUUGCAGCAAUAGUAUCUGUUUCUGGAAUUAUCUUUAACUCGUUCAUUGGGUUUGUGAUCUUUGGUGAACACAAAGGAUUCCUACGUAUGAGUGCCAACAACCAAAUCAAGUUCACUAUAUGCGUGACCAAUGUUUUUAUGCAGUGCCUGAUGCCAAUUAAUAUUUUUGUUUUUACAUUUACAGAUAGCUCAGUAUUGCCUAGGCUCUUUGUGUCAGUUUUAGGAUUUUCUAAUAUUGUUACUAUUGGCUUCAGUUGUUGGCUCACUGUCUGGCUCUGCAUCUUGUACUGUGUGACAGUUGUUAACUUCAAACACAAAUUCUUCACACAUCUGAAGAUGAGAUUUCCAGCUCUUGUACCCAAGCUCCUGCUGGUCACAGCCCUGGGAUCUAUAUGUCUAAGUGCCCCUUCCAUUUGGUGCCUGAACAUUGACCUUCAGCAGAAUAUGACUGGGAACCUUACUCUUGAACAAAAGAUAAAUACUCAAGCAGAUUACUGUAAAUCUGUAGGCUACCACAUAUUUUUUAACACAAUUGGAUGCAUGUUGCCUCUGACUAUAAGUGUGAUCGCUUUAGCUGUAAUUGUGGCUUCCCUAGUAGGAUACGUCUGGAGGACAAAACUCAAAUCAUCAAACCUGAGUGAUGCUCAGCUCCAACCUCAUUACAAAGCCUGUAAGACCAUUGUGCUACUUAUAAUUAUUUUUACUAUUGUAUCUGCAGUUCAGAUCCUACCUUUAUCUUCACCCUAUGAUAGUUCUACAUGGAAAUCCAUGCUUGUAGAUUAUCUGUGUCUAUUUUACCCAACAGAAAUGGCUGUUAUUCUGAUUUUGGGAAGUUCCGAACUUAAACAAGCUUUUGUUAGAAGAGUGACAUGUAUUAAACAAUGA